AUGCGGCGGUUGGGCUGGCCUGCCAUGGCUGUGGCGGCCGUGGGCCUUGCCCUGGCCUUAGAGGCGCUGCCCUGGGUGCUGCGCCGGCUGCGGACUGGGCGGCGGCGGCCGCGGCGCGAGGUGCUCUUCUUCCCGUCGCAAGUGACCUGCACCGAGGCGCUGCUGCAGGCCCCUGGCGCCCUGGCCGGAUCAGCCACGGCCUGCCCGUGUAGCCUGCCCCACGGCGAGAGCUCGCUGAGCCGCCUGCUGCGCGCCCUGUUGGCCGCCCGCGCCAGCCUCGAGCUCUGCCUCUUCGCCUUCUCCAGCCCGCAGCUGGGCCGAGCCGUGCAGCUGCUGCACCAGCGCGGGGUGCGCGUACGGGCCAUCACCGACUGUGACUACAUGGCGCUUAACGGCUCGCAGAUCGGCCUGCUGCGCAAGGCGGGUAUCCAGGUUCGGCACGACCAGGACCUGGGCUACAUGCAUCACAAGUUUGCCAUCGUGGACAAGAAGGUGCUCAUCACUGGUUCGCUCAACUGGACCACACAGGCCAUUCAGAACAACAGAGAGAAUGUUCUGAUCAUGGAGGACGAGGAGUAUGUCAGGCUUUUUCUGGAAGAAUUUGAACGCAUUUGGGAGGAGUUUAACCCUACAAAGUAUACCUUUUUCCCACAAAAGAAGAGAAGUCACUGAAGUUAUAAUCUCCAAUCCUCAGAGCUAGAGGACAGAGUGUCCCUGUCGCAGGACUUGUGGUGCUUCCAGUCAAAAUCAAACCUACUCCAUAUGAGGCCUUGUAGGCUGCUGUGACUCAUGCCUGACACCACAUUGGAACAAAUCAUUUGAACUAAAUUCUCAUUCAUUAGAAUGCUAAAUUGAACUGAAGAAUGUUUGGGGUUAAAAAGGAAAGGAAAAUUCUUCUUAUAGCAUGUCCACUAUUUUGGACUAGUCUGUUUUUUUUUUCUCUGUCCACCAAAAAUAAAUUCAGCCAAAGCUUAUCACAGGUACACUUCCAGGAGCUUUGCCUGCAGCUUGGAUUAAAAUUGAAGGAUUUUACUGCAGCACAGAAAAGGCACAGUGCCUCUUUUGAGGUCAGACAUCUGAUUCCUUUUUUUUUUUUUUUAAUUUUAGAAAAUUCUCUUAUCCUUUUAGCCAACUUUGUCCAAAUUGGCCCUUUUGGCAUCUCCCUGAGAAUUCUUCUCCCACUUUGGGCCAGCCUCCCUGUCUUGAAGACCCUCCUGGGUCCCUCACUGUCACCAAAGAGGAGGAAAGGGGACUCAGGAAGUAGUGACCAGCACAGACAGCCUGUGCACUGAAGGAUUUCCUUGCAUAAUUACUCUGUAAAGGUACAUGACAGUGCCCAUCCUGAGCAGCCGACCUGUCUACACGUGGUCAAGCGCCACUGCGGGCUGCAUGCAGCCAGAGGCUUCUGUCUUCUCCAUGUUGUGCCUUUAAUUUCUGAUUCUCAUGUUCAAGGUAAUUUUGUUGUGUGUUUUAGAAAUAAUCUUGCCAUUCACACCCAUGGACUUAGGGAACUGACAUUUUUGGCUCAGUAUAAUCAAUCCUGAGUCACUCAUCCAUGGAGAGGGAUAAGGCAGGGCCAGGGAGCAGCGUCAGGCUGUGGUACCUUCCUGUGUGUCCAUUCUCAGCACAGAGUUUAUGCUCACAGGUCGUCUGAGAACAUAAAGAUGAGAUGUGUGAUGCAUUUGUGGAAUGUUCCAAAUUACAUUUUUUUUAGCAGCAGUUUUUAUAAUGUAUAUUUUAUAUAGUUAGCUUGAAUGACAUCUGAAGCUAUGAUUUUACCAUUUUCUCACGUUUGUGUCAUGAGGUCUGUGGAAUGCAUGUAUGGGUCUCACCUCAGCUCAUGCUGACAGUGCCAUUUGGACAGCACUUGGUACUUUUAAGUUGUACCUUUGACUUACAGUGUUAGGCAACUUGGAAGUUAAUUUAAAAAAUUUAAUUGAAUCUGUAAAGUAUUAUAUACAGAUUGGAAAUCACCAGGAACAGUUUUACGUUAAACUUAUGUUUUUUUAAUCUGGCGCUAUCAACUCCAGCUCCCUCAGAAAAGAAAAUGGGAGAAGUUAGAAAGUGUCCCUGAACGAUGUCACAUAGUGCUGGACUUUAGAUAU